AUGCGAUGGACGCCUCCACGCAGACUCCCGGCACCAGGAGCUCCCCAUGUGAAAACGUUGUACCACCAGCAUCCGCCGGCGUCAUUGCUUCAGCCUAACCGCGCCGCAGUACGCGUCCAGCUCUUCCUCGACGCCUACACUCGCAGCGACAUCCCCACCGCGCUCCGAGCCCUCUCGCGUAUCCCGCCCACUCAACCAGUGUUUGGCGAGUGUGUGCUGCUAUUACUCAAACAGCUCGCCUCGGUGGACCACGUGCUGAUCCUAGAUGUGAAGAAGGCGCUUGCCCUUAGCACUAAUAUUACCGCCGACAGCCGUAUUGCCGCUCUCAUCAAUGCUUACCGCCUGGCGCCUACUGCGAUGAAGCCAGCCGUACGACGCUAUAUUCACGACAAAGUAAACGCUGCCGAAUUGGACAAAUUCAAAUUGGCGCUGGAAUUGACGUCCAAGCUUGCCUCUGCUGCUGCCGAGCUUUGGCCUCAACGAUCGUUUGAUGAUAGUGAACCGAUGCCGCUUCUGAUCAAACCUUAUCUCAAUCCCGAUGGGCUUGUUUCAUUCGACAACCUCUGCCGCUAUAUUUCUGAUACUAAGCGUAGUGAAGAUACGUGGGCUACGUAUAGAAAUCUCGAUGAGGAGGGCCGGAAACAAUUUCUCAGCGACCUUGAGCACCAGGGGCGUCAGCGGCAACUCCAGAUCGAGGCUCACUGCGAGCUGAUUGCUGACCUGACCCUGCGGCACCAGCACCAUGAGGUAACGCGGUGGAUCGACGAGGCCGCCAUUGCUUUAGCUUCUAUUGAAGCGCCACUGAAGGCGUUGGCCAAACACCAGCCUUUCCUCAGAUUGAUUGGUUUCAGGGCGGCGGCAAGGCUCGCCAUUUCACGCAUCGUCGCCGCUAAUUUCGCUGAUGAUGGCGCCGACGUCGCUACUCUCACUACGUCGCUUCUGGCAUCUUUUGCGGCCCGGCUCCGAACGCUCCAGGCAUCAACAAUACUAUCAUUCCGUGAAGGGGUGGAGGUGGCAGCAACAGUGAUCAAAACCGUGGUCGACAACUGUUCAGUGUCCCCCGAACUCUGGCGCCAGUAUCGUCUUGAACGACAAUUGCGUGAAGAUAACCCUAGCACCGCUUCCGAUAAGGACGACGACAAGAACGACAACGAGGCGCCACCAGCUUUCAUCCACCAUUUCAAGUACACCAACGGCCACGCUCAGGGCCAAAUACUAUUGCAUCCGCUGACGAUUGCCGAGCUUAGCGACCUGGCUACUCGUCACGCCAUCCCCAUGUACUUGCCCAUGGUGUGUCCGCCUCAACCGUGGACGCUGCCGACUGAAGGUGGCUACCUCACUAACCUCAAACAUAUGGUGGUGGGAGGAGCGCCCGAGUAUAUGGUCGGCGCCCACGCCACGGGACAAUUAUCGCCAACUUACCAGGCUUUGAACCAGUUAGCCUCAGUGGCAUGGACUAUCAAUUCCAGUGUGUUAUCGGUGUUUUCUCAGGCAAUGGCUAUCGGGACCUCUAAUUUACCACCAGGGGUUGGAGCAUCGUCACCCCCGACACAAGCUUCCGACGUCCCCGGCGUUGAUCUCCCCAAUCCUAAUCCUACUGAUGCCAAUGGCAGAGCACUUCGCAGUCACUACGAGCGCCUCGUAUUGGUAGCCAAUGCCUUCAAUGGUGACCGCUUCUUCUUUCCACAGAUGAUUGAUUUUCGUGGCCGGGCGUAUCCGGCGGCGCUGGUGCUUACUCAUUACCAAGAAGACGUGGCGCGAGCACUCCUCAUGUUCUGGCACCCGCGUCCUCUUGGCACCCGCGGCUUUGGCUGGCUCCAAUACCAAUUGGCUCUGGUUUACGGCGAAUCCAACUUAUCGUAUGAUCAGCGCCUCCAAUGGGUCGAACAACACCUAUCCGAGAUUCACCAUAGUGCUCAGGACCCAUGGGGGUGUCAGUGGUGGCAACAAGGUGAGAAGCCGUGGCAAGUGCUCGCUCUUUGUUUUGAGAUUGAUAAAGUGAUCGCUCACAUAAACGCUGGCAAACCGGUGGAAGAAUACCUGAGUCGCAUCCCCGUGCAUCAAGACGGGCUGUGUAACGGCUUUCAACAGUUUGCUGCUCUCGGCGCUGACGUCGAAGGAGCUAAGUCGGUGAACUUAGUCCCCGGACCUCGUGGCGACGUGUACAGCGCUGUCCUCGAUAUUGUCAAGGAGAAAGUGGCCGAGGACUGUCGGAGAAGUCAUCCAUUGGCACAACUAGCUCAACCAAUCCUUUCCCGCAAGCUCAUCAAGCAAACAGUGAUGACAACUGUAUAUGGAGUCACUGAAUACGGUGGCGCCCACCAAAUCAAAGAACGCAUCAAAAGUUUGGCCUCCCCCGAGCUGACCCUAUAUGAACACCGCUACAAGCUUGGAUUCUACCUUCUGCGUCAAGUGCUCAAUCUGGUCUCAGAGCUUUUCGCCGGCGCUAGUCGCAUUCAACAGUGGCUCGUGGAGCUUUGUCGUCGCCUUAUUUCCAGCCAUGACUACGCCACUUUAGCGCAACACCCGCAACGAGACUUGCUCACUCGCAAAGUGUACAAGCCUAUGAUGUGGACGACGAUGAUGGGACUCCCCGUGGUGCAAAUAUAUAAGCGCCACGCUCCGUUUAUCGUGUCCACUGAACUCCAACACAUUGCAUUAAUUGAUAACCUGAAACUGGACGUUUAUGAUAAACAAAAGCUGCUCAACGGCAUAUCGCCCAAUUUUGUCCACCUGGUCGAUGCUAUGCACAUGUUCAUGACGGCGAUUGCUGCCAAUGAACGGGGUCUCGCGUUCGCUGCUGUCCAUGACUCGUUUUGGACACAUGCGUGUGAUGUUGACGAGCUUAAUCAGAUUCUCAGACGGCAGUUUGUUCAACUCCAUCAACUGGGGAUCAUCGAGGCGAUGCGCGAUGAUGCUGUAGCCAUGGCGCAAAAUCAGUACCAAUUGGUAUGGGUGAAAUACGACCCCAAAGUAGCUCAUUUCAGACUUCACUACCCAAUUGAUCGUUCCGGUACCAAGAACCAGAUUCUCAAUCGCAUCUUGGCUUACGAACUCAAAGCAUUAUCGGAAGGCAUGCCACUCGAUGCCUACAAGCAACUUCAUUCACAAAAUCCAACUUUCUACCAACAAAUCACCGCUGGGGCUCUAGCAGUCUACGAUGACCUUGUUAGAGAGCCCGUACCACAUAAGUUGAACCAGAACAAAUGGAUGCCAAUAUGGACUCCGGUGGCGAUCCCGCAUUGUCCAGAAAAGGGCGAUUUAGACGUGAGUGUGGUCGAACAUAGUACUCACUUCUUUUCAUAA